AUGACAAGUUGCAUAAUAAGUUUGAUCAUUGGCAGUAUCUUUUUUGGCACUCCAAAUGCAUCUGCUGGAUUCUUCGCAAAGGGUUCUGUAUUGUUCAUGGCGGUGCUAUUAAACGCUCUCACGGCCAUCUCCGAAAUCUCCACGCUCUACUCCCAAAGACCCAUUGUUGAAAAGCACGCUUCGUACGCAUUCUAUCAUCCAUCUACUGAAGCUGUCGCUGGAAUUGUCUCAUCUAUACCGAUCAAGUUCAUUGUUGCUGUGAUCUUCAAUAUUGUGCUAUACUUCAUGGCAGGUCUGCGACGGGAACCAGCCCAGUUCUUCCUGUACUUCCUCAUUACAUUCGUCGCCACGUUUGUUAUGAUGGCCAUCUUCCGAACUCUUGCAUCUGUUACGAAAACCAUUUCCCAAGCCAUGUCCCUAGCAGGUAUCACUGUACUGGCAUUGGUCAUUUAUACUGGCUUCACCAUCUCGGUUCCGCAGAUGCAUCCAUGGUUCUCAUGGAUUCGAUGGAUUAACCCUCUGUACUACGCCUUUGAGAUCUUAGUAGCGAACGAGUUUCACGGUCGAAUGUUCACUUGCUCGAGUAUUGUUCCUGCAUACUCGCCUCCAAGAGGUGACUCCUGGAUUUGCUCUGUCGUGGGAGCUGUCGCCGGGGAGUACACAGUAAGCGGGGAUAGGUUCAUUGCUACGAAUUACGAGUACUACUAUAGCCAUGUCUGGAGAAACUUUGGUAUCCUCCUUGGCUUCCUUUUCUUCUUCAUGAUCGUCUAUUUCGUCGCCACGGAGCUCAAUUCGGAAUCCACAAGCACUGGUGAAGUCCUUGUCUUCCAACAGGGCCACAUUCCGCCGCAUUUGCGCUCCAACAAGAACUCGAAGUCGGAUGAAGAAAUUGCUUCGGGCUCCAAAUUGGAGGUCCCUGCAAGCGCUGAACCCUCGUCAAUCAAGGGAACCGAGCCGCAAAAAGAUAUAUUUACCUGGAGAAAUGUUGUUUACGAUAUUGAGAUCCAGGGUCAACCUCGGCGCCUUCUUGAUCACGUUUCUGGAUUCGUCAAGCCCGGCACCUUGACGGCGCUUAUGGGGGUCUCAGGAGCCGGCAAGACGACACUUCUUGAUGUGUUAGCCCAGCGAACAACAAUGGGUGUUAUCACCGGGGAUAUGCUUGUAAAUGGUGCGCCAAUGUCGGCUAGCUUUCAAAGAAAUACCGGUUACGUUCAGCAGCAAGAUCUUCACCUGGAGACAGCUACAGUACGUGAAAGUUUGCGCUUUAGUGCCAUGCUUCGUCAGCCCAAGUCUGUAAGCAAGGCUGAGAAGUAUCAAUUCGUGGAAGAGGUUAUAAAGAUGUUGAAUAUGGAGGACUAUGCCGACGCAAUUGUUGGAGUGCCUGGCGAGGGUCUCAAUGUCGAACAACGAAAACUCCUUACUAUCGGUGUCGAGCUCGCCGCCAAGCCAAAACUCUUGCUUUUCUUGGAUGAACCGACCAGUGGUUUGGACUCACAAAGCUCAUGGGCAAUUUGCUCUUUUCUCAGAAAGCUCGCCGAUUCUGGCCAAGCUAUUCUGUGUACUGUGCAUCAACCGAGUGCCUUACUCUUUCAGCAAUUCGAUCGACUACUCUUCCUCGCCAAAGGAGGAAAGACGGUUUACUUCGGUGAUAUCGGCAAAGACUCUCGUACACUCUUGAACUACUUUGAGUCCAAUGGAGCAAGAAAGUGCGACGACCAGGAGAACCCUGCGGAAUACAUGCUGGAAAUUGUCAACAACACAAGGGAUGGCCAAUCUAGGGAGUGGAAUGUCACUUGGACGUCAAGCCCGCAGCGCGAUGCAGUGGAGGCUGAAAUCGAUCGACUUCAUAACGAGAAGCAGCACGACAGAUCAAUUGGGCAUGACGAAGCCGGUUCCAAUGAUGAGUUCGCGAUGCCUUUUUCGACGCAAUUGGUCGAAGUGACCUACCGAGUUUUCCAGCAAUACUGGAGAAUGCCGAGUUACAUAUUCGCCAAGUUCUUCCUCGGUACUGCUGCCGGUCUUUUCAUUGGAUUUACCUUCUUCCAAGCCAAAGGCACACUAGCCGGUAUGCAGACCGUCUUGUUCGCUGUGUUCCAAGUCGUCACAAUCUUCACAUCUCUCGUCCAGCAGAUACAACCUCUUUUCAUCACUCAGCGCUCGCUCUACGAGGUCCGGGAACGACCCAGCAAAGCCUACUCUUGGAAAGCCUUCAUUAUCGCCAAUAUCGUUGUUGAAAUUCCCUAUCAGGUUGUCACUGCUAUACUCACAUUUGCUUGUUUCUACUAUCCAGUUGUGGGCAUUCAGAGCUCAGAUCGACAGGGCCUAGUCUUGCUGUUCCUGAUCCAACUCUUCAUCUACGCCAGUUGCUUCGCGCACAUGACCAUCGCAGCUCUCCCGGAUGCGCAGACUGCAGGAGGCAUUGUGACACUACUCACCAUGAUGAGUAUCAUGUUCAAUGGAGUGUUGCAGUCGCCUUCUGCUCUGCCAGGCUUUUGGAUAUUCAUGUACCGUGUCUCGCCGUUUACAUACUGGAUCGCCGGUAUGGUUGCGACACAAAUGCAUGAUCGUGUGGUUACUUGCUCGGCAGCCGAGACAUCGGUGUUCAAUCCGCCUUCUGGUCAAACAUGUGGCACAUACCUUGCUACAUACCUGGAAACGGCCCCAGGCCAACUACAGAACCCCAAUGACACCGAAAGUUGCCGAUACUGUUCCCUGUCGGUGGCAGACCAGUAUCUGGCGGGCAGCAAUAUCUACUGGUCCGAACGGUGGCGCAAUUUUGGUAUCAUGUGGGCGUAUAUUUGUUUCGAUAUCUUCAUUGCUGUUCUCACGUACUACCUAUUCCGUGUCAGAAAGCGAGGAUCAGGUGGUCUACUCAGCGCUUUCAAGAGAAAGCCGAAGGCCGAAGGCACGACGGUUCCAGGAAGUCUGCCAGUGGCUGCAGCACCAAAAGCCUAA